AUGGAGAAGGCGAUCGGCGAGGAAAUGCCCAGGGAGCCGCUGCACGGGCGCGCGUACUCCAAGCCGCCGCAGUGCCUCGACAUCCCCGCCGACCUGCCGCUCUGCCACACCGUGGGCUACAAGCGCAUGCGGCUGCCCAACCUGCUGGAGCACGAGAGCCUGGCCGAGGUGAAGCAGCAGGCGAGCAGCUGGCUGCCGCUGCUGGCCAAGCGCUGCCACUCGGACACGCAGGUCUUCCUCUGCUCUCUCUUCGCGCCCGUCUGCCUCGACCGGCCCAUCUACCCGUGCCGCUCGCUAUGCGAGGCCGUGCGCGCCGGCUGCGCGCCGCUCAUGGAGGCCUACGGCUUCCCCUGGCCCGAGAUGCUGCACUGCCACAAGUUCCCUCUGGACAACGACCUCUGCAUCACUAUGCAGUUCGGACACCUGCCUGCCACCGCACCUCCAGUGACCAAGAUCUGUGCCCAGUGUGAGAUGGAGCACAGUGCCGACGGCCUCAUGGAGCAGAUGUGUUCCAGCGACUUCGUGGUUAAAAUGCGCAUCAAGGAGAUCAAGAUAGAGAAUGGGGACCGGAAGCUGAUUGGAGCCCAGAAAAAGAAGCAGCUACUCAAGCCAGGCCCCCUGAAGCGCAAGGACACCAAGAGGCUGGUGCUGCACAUGAAGAGCGGCGCCAGCUGCCCCUGCCCACAGCUGGACAGCCUGACCGGCAGCUUCCUGCUCAUGGGCCGCCAAGUGGACGGACAGCUGCUGCUUAUGGCCGUCUACCGCUGGGACAAGAAGAAUAAGGAGAUGAAGUUCGCGGUGAAAUUCAUGUUCUCCUACCCCUGCUCCCUCUACUACCCCUUCUUCUAUGGGGCCGCUGAACCCCACUGAAGUGCGCUCCUCCCUGCCCACUGCAGCCAGCUGUGCCUUGCCCUCUCCCCAUCCCUGGGGCACUCUCUCUUCCUGCCCACUUGGCCUCACCCCUACUCCCAGGCUGACUCAGCCCCUGCCUAAGUCGUUUCAUGCAGCGUCGUUACCAGCACAGGCCCUAAGGAAUGGGCAUGGAGCCUGAGGUGUCCAUAACUGGGGGGUUCUGGGGUCCCUGGGGACUUCCUCUCUUAGGAGCAAGGCUUUCUCAUUUGGGAAGGAACCCAGGGUUUUGGAAAGUAGGUGGAGGAGAGAGCAAGGGAAGUGUGGAGGGGCUCUGAGCAGCCUGAGGAGGCAGAUUCCCAAGCAGACCAUGGUGUCAGCUCCCCUCUGUUGGUGGUGAGGCCUUGCCUUGAAGAGGAAAAGUCUCAGUAUUAGGCUGAGCUAUUUGGGGGACAGUUCCCUACCCCCACUGCCCACUCAUGUCAUCGUAGUCCCCCAGAGGAGAGGCAUUAGGGUCACAGUGCCCUCCAGCCACAGUUCCCCACCUUCCCCAUCUCUUACCCUUUCCCUUCCUGCUAGACUGGAGAGAAGCCCAGCCCAGACCCCCUCCCAGAGGCUGCUUUUUGGGGUUCGGCCCUCAGCCUCCGCAUGUCCCUGUUACCCUGAUGGUAAGUUAUCACCACCGCUGCAAGGCCACAGGUACUAGAUCUGACGUAGGCAAGGUUUGGUUUCUAAUGUUUUUAAGUUUUUAAUUAAAUCAAAAAAACAACAGUUGGUUUCGACUAGGUUCUUUCUUUGUCAGCUGGUCCCCAAAGGUGGGCAGAGGGAGGUUCAGAAGGGACUUUUAGAAAGAGGCCCUUGUCCUAACCCACGGCCUGUCCACACAGACAUACUUGCAAUGCCCAUGUUCUUGUAGGAUCCCCUGAGAGCACAGGGUGAGGAUCACCCUUCUCAUCCCCAUCACCCAGUGAGGAAUGGAGACGACCGUCCCUUUGUUCCUGAAGAGGGAGAGAGACGCCGAGAUCCCCAGCCUUCUCCCACAGUCAGAAGGCUCCCACAGUCCUGCAGCAUGUCCCUGACACUGCAUGCUCCUCGGAUCCCAAGAAGCCUGGGCCACAGGGAACUACUCUGAAGAGCCAAGGGCCUAAACGUGUCAACUCCUACCCCUUUGGCACUCAGACCGCCCUGGGCACUGGUCCUGACCUGCAGGGAAGGAUGGGGUCGACCUGUGCCACAGGGGCCAGAGGAGCAGCACCCCCAGGAGCCGGUCAGAAACACAUACUAGGCCUACUAUAUCAGAAACCGCAUUUUAACACAUAGAACUUCAAAUCAUCUACAGAGCUUUUCCAAAAUAGGGGCCCCACUCUACACCAAUUAAAUUGGAAUCUCUGGAGGGGGCUCAGAAAUCUGAAUCUUCUAGAUGUUCCCUGGGGUGGUAUGCAGCCUGGGUUGAAAACCUCGAUCUAGGGGCACCUGGGUGGCUCAGUCGGUUAAGCAGCUGCCUUCUGCUCGG